CGUGCUUGAAGCAAUAAAGACAGCCCUGCGGCUCGCGGGUGACAAAACAAACUCCCGUCGGCACAGUCAAAAGUCAAAAGUUAUAUCAUCACCUGGUAGUAACUUCGGCAGAUUUUAGACUCUCCACCCGCAGGCUUCGAACGACCGCACAAUGGCUGCUAGGAAAUGGUUCGCAUCCUUGUUUCCCUCGGUGAAGGCACAGGAAGAGGAGGAUUUAGUUGAUCCCCAGGCCGUUCUGAGGGAAAAGUGCUCCCAGCAUGGCCACGCUCCUGUGUUGUGGGAAAAGUACCAGGCAUGCAAUGACCGAGUCGGCGGACGUUCUCAAACCACCGAAACCUGCGUCGAGGAGCUGUUCGAUUAUCUUCAUGAGCUGGAUCACUGCGUUUCGAAGACUUUGUUCUCCAAGUUGAAGUAAAAUGGCGAAGUCGACGCAAUUGAGGCGCAGCAGUACAUUCAACACACUCGGUUACCAUCGGAACGGCGAAGCUUUCAGCGUCAGUAGUGAUGAACUAUCGUGUCUUUCGACUACGGAACAUUUGAGAUGGCGCCAAAUAUAACAUCAGCCCGCUACCAAACAAGUAUCGCAGCGCGCCUCGUCGGGAAGAUGUUUGUUUUUCAACGGAAAAUAUAGUAAAUAAAACUAAGUUUUCAAAACUA